GUUUGUAUUGUUAAGAGAUCAUUGUUUGGUAAACCAUUAAUAGGUUCUCAUGAAGACCUAUUGCUGAAGAGAGAUUUGGGUGGAUCUAAUUUUUAAAAGAAUGAAUGAAGACAAAACUUGUAAAUGCAAGCACUGGAAGAAUUACAGCACAUCUUCGUGAGUUUGCAAGUGGAUCAUCUUGCCUUGUGGGUUGGCAGGCAGUCAUAGGACUGUAAGAUGGGUCUCCGGAUUCACUUUGUUGUUGACCCACAUGGUUGGUGCUGCAUGGGUCUGAUUGUCUUUGUCUGGUUAUACAAUAUUGUCAUAAUUCCCAAAAUUGUCCUCUUUCCUCACUAUGAAGAAGGACAUAUUCCAGGCAUACUAAUAAUAAUAUUCUAUGGCAUUGCCAUAUUUUGCCUGGUUGCCUUAGUGAGGGCCUCGAUAACUGAUCCAGGAAGACUGCCUGAGAACCCUAAGAUCCCCCAUGGAGAAAGAGAGUUCUGGGAAUUGUGUAACAAGUGUAAUUUGAUGAGACCAAAGCGUUCCCAUCACUGCAGUCGCUGUGGCCACUGUGUAAGGAGAAUGGAUCAUCACUGUCCAUGGAUUAACAAUUGUGUUGGUGAAGAUAACCAUUGGCUUUUUCUGCAGCUGUGUUUCUACACCGAGAUUCUUACUUGCUACGCACUGAUGUUUUCUUUCUGCCACUACUACUAUUUUCUUCCACUUAAAAAGCGUAAUUUGGACCUCUUUAUUGUUAGACAUGAAUUGGCCAUAAUGAGACUAGCUGCUUUUAUGGGCAUCACUAUGUUAGUUGGAAUAACUGGACUCUUUUAUACACAACUGAUUGGCAUCAUUACAGAUACAACAUCUAUUGAAAAGAUGUCAAACUGCUGUGAAGAAAUAUCGAGGCCCCGAAAGCCGUGGCAGCAGACCUUCUCAGAAGUUUUUGGCACUCGUUGGAAGAUCCUGUGGUUCAUUCCUUUCAGGCAGAGGCAACCACUGCGAGUUCCCUACCACUUUGCCAAUCAUGUCUAAACAGAUGGAUGGUGGGCACAGAUGGGUCCUCCAUGCUGGAAAUGCGUUACAGGUUUUAUGAUAAUAGAACUAUGACAGUCUUCAAGUCAAUUAAAAUCCACCCACCAAUCUUAGGCAUCA